AUGUUUGCAGGAUACGCACUAUGGCUCAUCCCGUCCCCCGAGGAAUACAAAGCCUGGGAAAAGCUCAUGGAAUUCCGACCGCUUCAUUCCUCAGUGAAACCUGAUUCUAAAUCAUAUCCCUGCUUUGCUCCCCAUAUUACGCUCGCCACAUUCGCCAAUUUACCGCCCACUCUUGAUAUAGACAAACUCCCUAUCUACGACCUCAGGCCUCCUGUGAUGAAGUUCGAAUCAUGGAAGCGGGGCGACACGUACCUCGGUGCUCUCAUCAUCAAGCUAUCCAAGCCUCGCGAGCUUGAGCGCCUUCAUGGAGUGAUUACCGACUAUUUGAAUGACCUCAGCGCUGAGUGGAAGAGUCGCAACUUCCCGCACAUGUCGCUCUUCUACGUCGAUGAGCCACAAGAACGGCUUAAAUUGGAGGAGGGUUUGAAAGACUACAAGCAGAUGGGGACUUUUGGCGACAGUGGGGAUCUGGACCUGCACAGCCGAUUCACGGGAACGGAGGUCUGGCUGGUCGAUUGCACAUGUUCAGUUAGGCAGUGGAAGGUGAUGGAGAAGAGGUCACUCUCC